GAUGUUUAAAGAUGGCCUCCAGACUGCAGCACGAAAAUGACUCCCAGCUCCUCACAGCUGCAAGAUAACACACGAAUAACGGGAGCUUUUCUUUGUGAUCGGAGCGUUGUGCCACUUUUCCUGUUUUAGGGCAACUAACAAACCAUCUACUUGGAGGGCUCCUGAUCGGUCACCAGGCUGUCUCCUUGUGGCUGGCUCAACUGAAAGCCCAGUUAGCACUGACGCAGAUCAAGAACACUCUCACUGUUGGCAGCUCUUGCUGUUGGCAAGUACAACACACCUGCUCCCUAAAAAACCUACAACACCUCCUUACCCUCCAGCUCCUCAGCCAUCAAUCUCCUUAACCUACUGCAGACAGCAAACACAAUGUCCCAUCAACUGUAUGACCCCUUUGAGGCUGAGAACCAAAGUUCUACAGAGGGGCAGUAUGAACGCCACGGUCGACAGGUGGAAUCGAACCCUUGGAGGGCAUCCCCUCAUCUCAGACCUGAAUCCAGUUUCAGUACUUCUGGACCUUCUUCUGCUAUUCCUGACAACACCAGAGGAUUGUUCUCAUUGUCGAUGUCUCAAUCGAUGAACUAUGGGCCUGACCAGAGAAGGACCAUAAUGGAUGAGAAUAGAGAAAGAACUAUUGAGAUGCAUAUUAGCAGUGCCAGAGAGGAGGUGAACCCUUUUGGCGAACACAUGCAUCAGUCCAUAGAUGAGGGCACUGGUUGUACCAGCCUUCAAAGGAAUGAGUUUUGCUCCUCAAGGGCAAAGAUGGCUUCCCACCCAAUGUCCUCAGCCUCUUCCUCUCUAGGACAAAGACCUUCUGAUGUUGAAAGUGGCAGAAACUCCUGGGACUGGUUGUUGAACUACAAAAAGCCCACUGCCAAUGAUUCUAAAUCGUAUUCAUCAUCCAAGCAUGAUUUACAGUCCAUUCCGGGAUUAGGUGGUGAAGACUGUCCAGUGCCAAACAAACUUGCAGCCCCUAAAGAGUCCAGUAAAUCCAAGUAUACAUCUGAAUCCGCUGUUAACAUCAUUCAAAACUUUGGACUUGAAAAAGAGGACUUGGAACAUCUCAUCUCUUACCCUGAUGACCAGAUGACUCGAGAGAACAUGCCAUACAUUUUGCGGCAAAUCCGUCUCCAGAAGGCCAGGAGGGCUACAGCUGCAGGGCAAUCAAAACCUUACCCUGAUCCCCAGCCCACCAGAAAUGUGUGUGGAAAGGACAGUCACAGUUUAAGCACUUCUUGGGGGUCAGCGAUGCGCCCGGAAGAAAUCACGUCCGCUGUUCUCCAGCCAACUAAAGUGAUUGACUAUGGACAUACUGGCAGAUAUACAGGAGGGGCUGGAAAUGAGAGUGGCAGUGGCAGUAAAGCAAACAGUGGUGGGGGUGGAAAUAUGUUGCAGAUGGACACUUGUGAUACUAGUAAAAACAGUCGAGGACCCCUACAAAAACAUACAGCCGAAGUGAAAAGCAGUGCCUUGGGUCCUUCCCGCCAUCAAGCGAGCUCUGUUGUCAGCAGCUCUUCAGACAGUUCAGCACUGAGCUUUGGUGCUACCCCAAGCCAUGAUCAGACCAAACGAUUGCAGACGCAACCAAGCCAGCCCCUCCAAACACUCCUCAAGCUUUUUUCUGUGCCAAAGAAAGACACAGACCUCAGAGUUGUCAGGUCUGAAGUCUCCGAACCUGUUACUUCGAAAGAAUCAACAUCCAAUCACCAGUCGGUGUCGAAAACCCAACCACCCACUAAUCUACUUCAUGGUGUGGAUCCUAGACGAUCUGGCCUUGUUCUCAUUGGCAAUAAUGACAACAGUGGCACUAAAGAUCAGAUUAAAACCCGAAGUCAGGGUUCAACAUUCGCUGAGCAGAUGAAAAAGCAGCAGAAUCAGCAGCAGAUGCAGAAGCAACCAGUGGAUGAACAAUCAAAGCAAGAGAAGCAGCAGGCGCCGAAGCAGCUGGUUUCGCAGGCAGGACAAGUGAUGUGGCCUCCAGUUUUUUCUGCGGCAAUUCCCCCCGUUGCUGGCGUACCUGGCAUCACCGAUGCCACAAGGGCCAUGCAAUAUCCGGUGUUCAUCCCUGGUGGUUCGCAACACAUUGUUAUUCCGCCAGUUCUGCCUCAGCCAAUCUCAGCCCAGAUGAGCUUCAAUCACACUACGAUGCCGACUUCUCACUGGCAGCCUCCAGCAAACGUGGCAGUCUUCAAGGGUCUGCCAACACUGGCCAUGAUGCAGGACUAUGCAGCUGCCUCACCAAGAAUCUUUCCACAUACCUGUUCUCUGUGUUUCAAAGAUUGUACUCAAAUGAAGGAUUGGAUCUCCCACCAGAACACCAACCUUCACCUUGAGAGUUGCAGCUGUCUUCGAAAACAAUACCCUGACUGGGAUGGGGAGAUAGCAGUUGCGCCCAGGGCUGCAGGUAAAGAUGCCAAGCUCUCAACCUCGACCUCUGCACCGACUGCCCAGCAUAGUCGGCCGAGAACCGGGCAUGGGAGUCACUCUCGCUCCCAUUCUGAUUCCCACUCCCGCUCGUCCAGUCCCCCUUACCAUCAUGCCUUGGAGGGUAGAAGGGAGCGACGCAGUAGCCCAUCAUGUUCGCCACAAAGUUCCAGAUACAAGCACAGGUCUCGGUCACGGUCUCGUUCUCACUCCCCUUGGUAUGAUGACCUGACCUCCUUCCACUAUCAGUCACGUUCAAGGAGCUCUGAAAGACGAUCCUCACCGAAGAGAAAAGAUGAGAGGCGAUCAUCCCCAAGGAGAUAUGAGAAGAGACGAUUGCCACCAAGGAGGGUUGACGAGAGACGAUCGCCACCAAGGAGGGGUGAUGAGAGACGAACGCCACCAAGGAGGGUUGAUGAGAGACGAACGCCACCAAGGAGGGUUGACGAGAGACGAUCGCCUCCAAGGAGGGUUGACGAGAGACGAUCGCCUCCAAGGAGGGUUGAUGAGAGACGAUCGCCACCAAGGAGGGUUACCCAGAGACGAUUUCCACCGAGGAGGAGUGAAGAGAGAAAUUCACCACCAAGGGGGAGUCGUGAGAGCCAAUCAUCCAGAGAAGGAUAUACCCUUCAACAAAAGAAGCCAAACAAUGCAAAAAUACUGGCUAAGAAACUACUGAAAAAAUCAGCUGUCCGUUCUCUGUCAACACAGUCUGACCUGGAGACCAUGGUCAGAACUCUGGCCCCUGCUUUACUUGCGGAGCUCGCCAAGAUGAAGUCUUCCUCUUCCUCUUCCUCAUCCUCCUCCAAAGCAAAGAAAAAGUCUGUUGCAAAGCCCUCUAAAGGAAAGCCCGGCCUGAAGAAGAAGAGCGAGGCAAGUUCUGCCACAAAAACUAAGUCGACUGUUUCUAUGAAGAGGCCUCCUAAAAAAAAACGUGUUGGAGCCGUCACAUCCACCUUUCCCUCUAGAAAGGUUCUUCUUCCUACUCCUAACGUGCAUCCACUUUACGGUUCACCUGGACCUUCAGCCUCUGGAGCCCAAACAGCUACAACAUGGAAACCUACCACUCAGAAGAUUCCAACUGUAGGCUCAGUUAAAUCACGAACGGCUGUCAUUAACUCGCAAGUCUUGGGCCUCAAAGUGAAAAAGAUCUUAACAAAGCGGAUAUCUCAAACGGUGAAAGCAAGACAGCUCCAAAACUUGGUGACAGUUUUUGAAUCUAAAGAUCUAGCAAAACAUGACAAUGAUGCUGAAGACACAGAACAUAUGCAGCUUGAGGAAAAGGCAGCGGAGCCCAUGGAAGUUGGAAGUGGUGCUCGUGGCGAAGGGGAAAAACCAUCGACUACAGGUGCUGUACCAGGAAAUUCAGAAGACAAACCUUGUGUGACUCAACCGACAACCAGUGAGACCCUGUUAACAGAAUCUAAAAUGAUGCAAAAUGAUCCUGUGAGUGCAGUGAAGACAGAAAUGGAUGCAGCACCAGUGAGUCUGACCACUGGGGAGAAGCUAGAAGAGCCUUCAGCUACAGGUGCUGCACCAGAAAAUUCAGAAGACAAACCUUGUGGGACUCGACCAACAACCAGUGAGACCCUGUCGACAGAAACAAAGCAAAAUGAUCCUGUGACUGCAGUUAAAACCCAAAUGGAUGCAGCACCAGCGAGCCUGACCACUGGGGAGAUGCUAGAAAAACACCUGUUUCUACAAAUGAUACCAUCCUUCAACCUCUCCUUCCCACCAAAUUUUUAUCAUCUCCGAGAUCAAGAGUUUCUCAUAAGUAAACUGCCGGCGUAUUAUGAUGGCUACUACACGGAGGAUGACCUUGCCAAACUGCUCAUGCCACUGGGAUUUAAAUACGAAUAUGACAAAAUCUACGUCAUUCCUCAGAAAAGAAUGGCCUUCGUCAAGAUGUCGACAGACAUGGUAGAGCGUGAUGUACUGAGUGACGAUAAGAAAAACCUGUUUUUCAAAGGGUUUCGACUCGGUUUCCGUGUUCUAGGCCAAAGCUUUGAAAUGAACCCGCUUGGUUUUUACAAAUCGCUGAUGAAGCUGAUGAAGUCUCCUUUGGUUGAUGACGGUCCGAGAACGAUCUUGAUCAACAACAUUUCACCGGGUGACAUCCGGAACCUCAGAGAAGCUUUGAAAGAAAUGUUUUCUCUGAGGAACUACCUGCCUCUCCUCAACAAGGUGUUUAUAGAAUUUGAGUCUGUUGAAGAUGCUGAUCGGUUUGAAGUUUGGUACAGUCCAGUCCAACAGGAGUUUGGACAUGAAGUCCACAGGCUGAAAACACCAGACAGCAGCUGUACAAUAAUAAAUCCUGAGACGACGACGAAGAGUCGAACAGAUGCAGCAUCAGUAAAGGAUGAAUCUGUCACAACUGAGCCAAAAGCUGCAGCGGUGAGCGAAAAGCAGCCGGCAGCGACUGCAGUUACCCUGCUGACUGUUGGGGAGAUGGUAGAAAAACACCUGGAUCCAAACAGAAUAGAGUGCGUCGACUGGGAAAACAACCAAAAAUCUUUUACAAAUGACAAGAAGUUGUUGCUCAUAACUGGACUGCCGAAGUACCAGGAUGGCUACUACACAGAGGAUAACAUCACCAAGCUGCUGGUUCCGUUGGGGUUUCAACGUAAAACUGACAACAUCUAUGUUGUUCCUCAGGCCUGCGUGGCCUUCGUCCAGAUGCCAACAGUGGAGGCUGUGCGCAAAAUAAUGGAAGUCAAGGGGAAAAAUGGCAUGUUUUUCAAAGGGUCUAAAAUCCAUUUCCAUGUUGUAUCCAGCUUCAGUGCAGAGACGCCAUUUGGGUUUUAUAAAUCCCUGAUGGAGCUGAUGGAGGCUCCUGUGGUUGAUGAUGGAGAGAAAGUUGUUCUCAUCAGCAACAUUUUAGCUAAAGAGGCCAAGAACGUCAGGAAAACCGUGAAAGACUUUGGCUCCGUCAGGAACUACCUGCCUCUCCUCAACAAGGUGUUUAUAGAGUUUGAGUCAGUUCGUGAUGCUGAUCGGUUUGGUGUUUGGUACAGUCUCCUCAAACAACCCUGCAGACACCAAGUCGUCAGGUUGAAAGUACCAAACAGUCAGAAUAUCAUAUCACCACCCAAGGAUUCAUCCGUCGCAGCCGAGUCAACAGAUGCAGAGGUUACACCUCUGAUCAUUGGGAAGAUGGUAGAAAAGCACAUUCCUCACACUCACAUGCAACAAAGCAACUGGAUGUUGUUUCAGUCACUGAUUGAUUCUUUGUUCUCCGUUCAGGGUCAAGUAGAUUUUACAGGUGACGGUCGUUUUGAUGGGAAGAAAUCCUUCAUGAAAGACUCUGUCACUGAGUCUGAUGGUGAUGUGAGAGUCUUGAGCUCUGAGCCUCAUAGCUCCUCAUCAUCCUCCAGAGCAAGAACAGAGAGGCCACCUGCUGGUGAACAGAUCUCAGCUAGUGUCAGUGAGCCCUCCUCGUCUUCUCCACCAUCUACUGAAGCAUCCACUGAAACAUCUACUGAAACAUCUACUGAAACAUCUACUGAAGCAUCUACUGAAACAUCUACUGAAGCAUCUGCUGAAGCAUCUACUGAAACAUCUACUGAAACAUCCACUGAAACAUCCACUGAAGCAUCUUCCUCACCUGGUCAGAAAACACAACAGAGCGAGACAAAGUCUCCAACCAAAGCAUCAAAUGCCACAUCUGCUGGUUGUUGUACUCACUCACCUUCCGCUGAACGUGAAAAGGGAAAGUUGACGACAUCACCAGCUGUCGAGGCAUCAAUAGAGACUCAUCUGGAGCCACUUGGAGAAGAAGCUGAAGCCACAGAGGGCGCAGUGGCAAAAUCUGACCACACAGUGUCAGCAGAGGGCAGUGCUGCAAAAACUGUUGAGUCAGAGACAAAAGUAGAAACAUCAGCAGAGAUGCAUCCAUCGUCACAGGGGCAUGAGGAAGAGUCGAGCCAAACCCAGAGUCUGGAGGUUAAUGAUGAUGUCAGUACACCCAAAGAUCAGAGCAAAAGCAGAGAAGAAGUGAAUGAAGAUGAUGUUGACAAACACGCAGAGGAGGACGAUGUUGAAAACUACCUAAUCCUUGAUUCACUCGAUGAUCAGACAGAUGAACAGAUGGAUGAUGGAGACAGAGGCUGCAGCUCUGAAACUCAUCCAGCUGUACCUGAGGAAGGUUAUCAGGUGUUGGACAGUGUUGACGAUGAAGGCAGAGCCUGCCCAGAGGACGACAGUGAAAUGGACAUUGACAGUUCUUUCCAAGUGUUAGACAGUGUUACUGAAGACCAAGCAGCAACAGGUCAAGAGGACAGUCGUCCUGUCCUAGAUGAUGGUUCAACAGUACAGAGACUGUCUGAGGAAGAUGCUGGUCCUGUAGUUGAUAAAUCUCUUGAGAAAUCUCCAGUUAAAGAUGCAGUUGGUGAAGAACAGCAGACAAAUGAUGAAGAUAAUUUCCAAGUAUUAGACACAGACGGCAAACAAGCUCUAAAGGACAAAGAAUGUGCAAAGAAUAGAAACCGAAGAGAAGUCCCUGAAGAGGUGGAAAAUUCUCAUGGUCGACUCCCAAAUGAAGACCGUGACAAUGAAGACAAUUUUGAAUAUGCGGACAUUGAUAUCGACCAAGAAACAUUUGAGAUAUUGGAUUCAAUUGAUGAUCAGACUGCAGCAGAAGAUGACAGCCAAAAACUUGAAACUGGCAUUGACCAGAUAUCUAAAGAAGACAUUGGACCCACAGAACAAGAGGACACAUUCCAGGUAAUUGAUUCUUUGGAGAAUCAGCCAGAGACGGACAACAAGGAAGAAAGGACCAGGAAAGGGGAGACAACUGUCAGAAAAGACGGAGCUACAAGGAGGAGUGGCCGCACAAACACAGCAUCUAAAACUGAAGAGAAGGAGAAAUCUCCAAAGAAACAAGACAAGGCGGUUAAAAAACAUGAGACACGGACAAAGAUGGACACCACUGCAGGAGGCUCUGAGGAGAUGAUGUAUGAGGUAGUAGAUUCUGUUGAAGACGAUCCAGUUCAAGAUGUCGCCACCCCAGAAAGGUCAAGUCGAAGAAGGAGUGCAAGAGGGAAGACGGAGGAGAAAAGUUCAUCAAAACCUACAGAAGUGUCUGAAAGACCUGUCAGGGACGAAGAGGCUACUUACAAGAUUUUAGACUCUGUGGAAGAAGAAACUGCUGAGGAGGAACCAGCCGUCACGACAAGAACUACGAGAGGAAGAAGGGAAAGAACGGGUAAGAAAGAUGCUUCCAACGAGAAGACAAACAAAGAGGACACCCCAACGAGAAGGAGGCACAGUCCUGCUGGUCAGUCACAGGAACGAAGGGAAGAAACACCAAAGAAAGAGGAGAAAGCCUCUCCAACUAAGAAGACUGGCAUCAGAGAGGCAAGUGAGGACGAUGGUACCUAUGAAAUAUUGGACUCUGUGGAGGACGAGGCUGUGAAGGAUGAUCGGCCCGCUAGAGGACGAAAAGGAAGAAGAGGAAGACCAAAGAAAGACGUCAAAACAGCUGAAAAGGACAAAGACACGAUAAAGAAAGCCGAAAAAGUAGCAGAGGAAGAAGAAGCAACAUAUCAGAUUGUUGAUUCUGUGGAGGACGACACGACCGACGAUCAGCCCCCAUCAGGACACUCUGACAGCUCCAGUAAUGGAUAUCUCUCAUUAUCUGCCAGAAAUGAGGAAGAAGAAGAGCCCAUGUAUCAGAUCGUAGAUUCUGUGGAAGACGAUGAAGAAGAUCAGUCCGAUAGAGAGAAGAAGGAAAAUGACAAUGAGGCAAAAGACGAUGAAUCAGCCGUAAAAGGAGACACGCCAACACGCGGUACGACAGCUGAGGAAGCAUUUGAAAGAGGGACCAUUAAGGAAGAUGAUCUGUUUGAGUUAGUUGAGGAUUCAAAGGAGGGAAAAGAUAAUUCACCUGUUUCUGAAGAGUCUGGUUCAAGAAAUGAGAAGAGUACAGAUGUAAAGAAAGACGACAAAUCACCUUCAAGGUCCCAGAGUGAUACUGAGAGACCAGAAGCAGAAAACAAUUACACAACGAGCGCUCUGAUGAACCUGGACGAAGUGAGCGAGGAUGAGGAGGAUUACCCUGACGAUACAGCAGAGGAGGAAGAGCUGAGGAAGAGACAAGACGCCACAAGAGAGAAGCAGAUCACCAAGGAGAGGGAGAGAAGGAGCCGGAGCAGCAGCAAAGGAGGAGGAAGCAGCUGUGGACGAACAAGGAGGUCCAAGGAGAGAGGGAGGGAGAGUGAGGAGAAGGUGGAGGUCGACUCCAAGGACCUGGUGACGCUGGAUGAGGUGGGGUCAGAUGAAACCGGAGAGGAAAGACCUCAGGAGAUCACGGAGGGAGAGCUGCAGACGUUCGUCACUCUGGACGAGUUCGUAGAAGAAGAAAAAAAAGAAGAAGAAGACAUGAACGUGGAACAAUCUACGCUGGAGACCCGCCCACUUCUCCAGGAGGACGAAUCGGUUGAUUCCUUCAACCCAGAGACUUUGGUGACUUUAGAUGAAGCAGGCGGUGAUGAAGAAGAGAAGCCGGAUGAAGAGCAAGCGGAGAAAACCUCAAGAUCUGCAAAACAUGAUGACGACACAGAGGAAAGUAUAACCUUUGUGACCGUAGACGAGGUGGGAGAGGUGGAGGAAGAUGUAACAACCGAGACAAGAGGCCGAGCCGAGAAGAGAACCAGACCGACCGCUGCGAGAAAAUCCAACAGAGGGAAGAAAGUGAGCGAAAAGGAACCAGCUGACGAACCACGAACCGCUUCACUCGAUGCCUCCUCGUCACUGGAUCCGUCUACGUUGUCAAGUGACGUCCAGAAGAAGAAGAAGAAGAAGAAGAAGGAGGAGGAGGAGGAAGCAGCGGGCCAGGCUGAGAACCAAACACUGGAGGAAUGUGUGGAGGACAGGAGGAGCAUUAAAGCUGUGAGUAAACGCAGGAGGGAGCUCGUCGGACCUGAAGCUAAGAGAGCUCGUUCUCAGUCUCCUUGUGUCUCUGCUGACUUCAAACUGCCGGCAAACAAACCCAACAAUCCUCGAGGUCAGGAGUUCGUGGUCCCUAAAUCAGGGUAUUUCUGUAACCUCUGCUCUGUUUUCUACCUGACCGAGAGCACCGCCAAGGACACACACUGCAGCAGCCGGAGACACUACGACAACCUGGAGAAACAUUAUCAGAAGCUUCAACAGGAACAACAGAUGACAAGAAGUUCCAUCUAUGAUUGAUCCCGACUGAAUUUUUUAUAUUUUUGCUGAAAAUGUGAACAAUUAAAAUCUGGAUGCAGGUUUUAUUACAGUAUUGCUAAAGUUGGUUACAACAACAUCAUGCCUAAAAAAAAAACUAAAAAAAACGGUUGAUUUAUUGAACCACAUGUGCCAGAGAUGAGCUGCUGAGUAAGUACUGUUUCUACAUGAAUGUUUUCUUUCUUUAUUUUCCAACAAACAUGUCGACUUUGACUGAUUUUGUAAUGUUUUUUUAUGACUGUUGUGUUGUGACAGGUCAGGACCACAGAGUUUUGUAUCUGUAAACAAAUAUCUAAUAUGAAUAGAUCAUACGGAUCUCUAUAUUUUAUUUUCUAUGUAAAAAAAUGUGCAAAUAAAGUUUGAAUAUUUGGUUAAAAUAUA